CCACCGGCGGGGGCGCGCGGGGCGAUGGGCGCAGGCGGUCCUCGAAGCAGCAGGCGAAGAGGGCGAAGUACAGAGGCCGACAGGACCGACGCCGGGCGCAGGGUGGAGGCGGAGCACGCGGGCCCAGCGCGAAAGGCGUCGCCCAAAGCGUCGCCGUCGCCCUCGCCCAGGACUCCUGACAUCCGUCUCCAAGGAGCGCGUCGCGCUCCCGCUGGAGUCGCCCGCUCGCAGGACUGGCAGUGUGCCCUCGAAGUCCCAGGGCUCGCAGGGCUCCCAGGGCUCCCAGGGCCGGGAGCUCGCCACCGCGGACUGCAACUGGCACCGCAGGCACUGCGUGGACGGUGACCUGUGGCACGCCAACACCAUCCGCGAGGCG